CGUGCUCUCACCCCAGGCUUUCCUGAGCUCCUUUCCCACAGCCCGCGGAGGCAUCAGCUGCAGUUUGUGCUGGGUGGGUCAGUGCCGAGCAAUCUCCCCGAUGGCGGAGGAGGCAGCGGAGGCGCGUCUCCUAACAAGAGGCCUUGGGGGCGCUCUGCAGGUUUCCUGGACGUGCUGCUGAACGGCCAGUGGCAGAAGCUGUGGUGCAGGGUGGAGCAGGGCACCCUACGGAUGUUCAGAGACCCCAGCUGCACUGAGAGCCCCGAGUACGCUGUGCCGCUGGCGGGCAGCAAUGUGACCCCGGGGGCCGACGUGGGCCGACGCCAUCACAUCCACAUCAGCCAGCAAGGCAGAGAGGUCGCCAUCCUGCAGACCCACUCGGACGAAGAGAGGGACGUCUGGCUGAAGAUCCUGCAGGUGGAGAAGGAAGCGGAACCAGCCUCUGUAUAUGAAACCUCAGUCCCUGGAGAUGGACCCAGCUCUGCCCCUGUGGGGGGCCUGCUCUUGCGGAGAUUCCCGACCCCCAACACCUACAUGGAUGACCCCUUUGGGCAGCUCCCGCCGGCGACACACCCCAGCCCCAUCUACUCCAACUCGGAUAUACUGCACCAGCUGCAGCAGAGCUUGGACAGAGCCGCCCAAGACCAGACGCAGAGACUCCCGUGUGCCCUUCCCGACAAUGCCUUCAGCAACCCCCAGAGCAGGGCUCCGGAGGAGACAGCUGCUCCUCCAGCCAGCCCGGGCAAGUCUCCGAACGAGCAGUGGGUAGAAGUGGCCCCGGAGCUGAAAAGCCGGGAUUUUUUCCAGUCUCAGCGGACACUGAUGCAGCCCGAGAGGAAGGGCGCCCCAGACAGCUUGGAUUUCUUAAUUGGUACGAUCGCUGCACAGCCUCAGGCAGGUUGCUGACCCCCUGCCCCUGUGCCAGGGGUCGGCAAGACUUACCCAGUUCAGGAGAGGGCUGGGAGG